AAGUGGUGGCCCAGCCAGGACAGCGUUCUCGCUCUAGUCGCUGAUCCUGAUUGGAUUAAAAAAAAGGAUACAGGAAACCUAGUUGCUGCCUAAGGUCCCGAAAAGAAAAACUCUAACCGCUGCUCGCGCCUGCUCCUCUGAAAUUAGCUUUCAGAUUUGCCGUUUGCUAUGCUAAGAGAUUGUUUUUGUUAUUACUAAUUUUUAAUUUUUAAUAGCUUUUAGCUGUGUUAUGUUAAUUGAUACUUGUCUUGGUUAUUGUUUCUUCAAAAUUUUAUCAUUUUUUAUUGUUAAUAUAUACAAAUACAAAUACAAAUACAAAUGAGCAUAAAUAGGUGUUUAUGUGUAUCUGAUUGUUAAGUAGGUGUUUAUGUGUAUGUUGAAUGUCGAUGGGAAAAGAUGUCUUCAGGCGGGGGUAGGGGGUUUGGGAAAUGGCAGCAACUAUAGUAUUGCUCAUUAUUUUCUCUAUUUGUUCAAUUAUAUGGUAUUCGUGAUUUGUUUCCUAUGUUUUCCAUUAUAUAAAAAUAAAUUUGUAUUAGUACAAUUAUUUUUUAUAGCAAAUAGUUCUGUUUGGUGUUACGUUCCUACUGUACGUGCUUGUAUAAGAAUUUUUAUAGGCACUUGUGUUCGUACUGUUUUUUGUUCCUCCACUUUCUGUGCCUUUUGUAUGAACUCCUCCUUCAUGACAACCUUGGUUACGGCGCUUUCAGUGGCUGCUUAGUGGGUACAAAUACAUUGUAUUUCUGCGUCAUCAAUCCACACAUUUUUUCCACAAAAUGAAUACUUCACCGCUACAAUUUCCAUCUCACUACGACGAUGACGAAAAUGAGGAGGUUUUCAUCGAUGAGUCUGACAUUCUCUAUGAAGUUUCUGUGGAUGACGAAGACCUUCCAGAUGCUGAUGACGAUCAAGAUUCUGAUCCUGAACAUCUCGAAAAUCUCUCAGCUGAGGUCCGUGAUUCUGUGCAUAUAUUCCGUCUUCAUGAUGGGGAGUUAUACUCAGCUGCAUUUAGCCCAAGCAAUCCAACAUUGGUGGCAACAGGGGGUGGUGAUAACAAAGGAUUUCUUUGGAAGAUCGGUGAUGGAGUUUGGACGUCUGAGCUAGAGGGUCAUCAGGAUUCUGUGUCUAGUUUAGCUUUUAGCCAUGAUGGACAGUUUCUCGCAUCAGGGUGUUUAAGUGGGAUUGUUCAAGUAUGGGAUGUUUUGGGAAAUCUGAAAGGCACAUUAGAAGGUCCUAGUGGGGGAAUUGAGUGGCUUAGGUGGCAUCCGAGAGGACACAUACUCUUAGCUGGUUCUGAGGAUUCUACUGUUUGGAUGUGGAAUGCUAAAGGAGCUGCUUUUCCUAAUAUAUUUGUUGGUCAUGGUGCUAGUGUGACCUGUGGUGAUUUUACUCCUGAUGGGAAAAUAAUAUGUACUGGUUCAAAAGAUGCAACUUUGAGAAUCUGGAAUCCAAAGACUGGAGAAAACAUUCAUGUGGUCCAGGGUCAUCCGUAUCAUACCGAGGGACUAACAUGCUUGUCAAUAAGUUCAUCGUCGACCCUUGCUCUUACUGGUUCUGGUGGUGAUCGCGAUUCUGUUUCCAGUGAUGAAUCUGGAUCUGCCCAUAUUGUGAAUAUCUCUACUGGGAAGGUUAUUAAUACUCUGGUUUCUCAUUCGGAGUCCAUUGAAUGUGUUGGCUUUUCACCAAGUGAUUCCUGGGCUGCAAUUGGAGGCUUGGAUAAGAAACUUGUCAUCUGGGAUGUAGAACAUUCCUUAUCCCGUGCCACUUGUAACCACAAGUAUGGAGUGACAUGUUUGGCGUGGCUUGAUGCUUCAAAUUUGGCCACUGGAUGCUCGGAUGGAAGUGUAAGAUUAUGGGAUAGCCGAUCCGGUGAAUGUACAACCACAUUCAGGGGGCACCGAGAUUCCAUUCAUGCUCUUUGUGUGUCUGCUGAUCACAAGUACCUUGUCUCGGCUUCAUGGGAUGGAACCGCUCGCGUCUUUGAGCUUGGCGGUUAGCAGUUUAUUCGUUGGGGAGGAUUUUUUUAAGGGAAGAUUUCUACUUUUCAUUUAUGGUAGGAGAGUUAAAAAUGUGAAACACAAAAACUAAACUUAUUUCCAUCAUUUUUAUUUGUAUAAUUGGUUUCUAAAUAAUUGAAUAUGUGACAAAUAAUUUAUGUUUAGAUAUUUUAUUUAAAAAGUGAUUUUAAGAUAAUUUGUUGUAUUUAUGAUAUGAAAAUA